AUGUCUUUAUGGGAUAUUUCUGAUGAUGCGAUGGAUAGUUACAUUGAAGUUGUUGGUGAUGACAUUGUGAACGAUGAUACUAGCCCCUCUAACUAUACUAUUUCAAAUUCUGAAAUGUCCAGCUCAUGGACCGUAGCAGCUACAAAAUUGUUGAUUGCACUCAGAUCAACUUAUAAUGAGAAAUUUCAAAAUGCAAAAAAAAAAGGGAAAAAAAUGGAACUGUGGUUACUAAUUUCUAAUGAAAUGAAGGGAAAAAAUCACAACUUCAGUGAAAGGCAGUGUGAUGAAAAGUGGCGACGUUUACUAACACGUUUUCGUCAAAUAAGAGAUGCUUCCAAGGUAUCGGGAAGUGGUAAUAUCAAAUGGCAGUAUUAUAAUUCUAUAGAAAAUUCCAUAUUUCGAACAAUGAGACAAACAGUUUCUCCACCCAGAGAUCUAUUGCACAAAUCAUCUGCAAGACCACUGCUCGAACCUUCAGUAAAUUCAAUUUCCAAAUCAUCAGAAUUAACUAGCAAUAAAACACCUUGGAUUACAAAAUUUGAGGAAUUAGAAAAUGAACAGUUGAAAUCAGCAAAAGAAAAUGCAAUCCAACUCAACAAUCGUAUUGACAAGUUGGAAAAAAGGGAAGAAGCUAUGCUAAAAACCCAAGAAGAAGUUGUUAAAAAAUUAGAAGAUGUGAAUAAUAGUCCCUUUAGCCAUACUAUUCCAAACAUUGAAAUGUCCAGUUCAUGGACAGUAGCAGCUACGAAAUUGUUGAUUGCACUCAGAUCAACUUAUAAUGAGAAAUUUCAAAAUACCAGAAAAAAAGGGGAAAAAAUGGAACUGUGGUUACUAAUUUCUAAUGAAAUAAAAGGAAAAAAUCACAACUUCAGUGAAAGGCAGUGUGAUGAAAAGUGGCGACGUUUACUAACACGUUUUCGUCAAGUAAGAGAUGCUUCCAAGGUAUCGGGAAGUGGUAAUAUCAAAUGGCAGUAUUAUGAUUCUAUGAAAAAUUCCAUAUCUCCAACAAUGAGACAAACAGUUUCUCCACCCAGAGAUCUAUUGCAUGAAUCAUCUGCAAGACCACUGCUCGAACCUUCAGUAAGUUCAAUUCCCGAAUCAUCAGAAUUUUCAAUUCAAGAUUCUUCUCUAAGCGUAAUGGAAGAACCUCCAACAUCUGGGUUGAUACAAAAAUCAUUAUUAAAUAAAACUAGCAAUGAAACACCUUCUUGGAUUACAAAAUUUGAGGAACUAAAAAAUGAACAGUUGAAAUCAGCAAAAGGAAUUGAGCAACUCAACGAUCGUCUUGACAAGUUGGAAAAAAGGGAAGAAGCUAUGCUAAAAACACAAGAAGAACUUGUUAAAAAAUUAGAAGAUGCAAAUAAUAUCAUACUACAGAAACUCAAUGUUUUUAAAAAAUUGUUUAACAUGGAUUAG